UUCGCUUUGGACGUCGUUACGCGCGGUUCAUUGAUAUUGAGAGGCGCGCGAGAUCGGCUCCAACAAGUCCCGUUACCUGUUAAUCAUUGCUUGCCCUACGCACAGCGAGAAAUUGUAAAUACAUUAAUCAGGAAGUGCGACGCUCAAAAUAUCAUGAUGUCCAAGCGAUUGUUGACCCACACAGGACGCGCCUUGAGCCGAGCCAGCUCAACGUUGCACUCGAAGGUGGCGCCAGCUGAGAUGACUCAGGUGCACACUGAGAUGCCCGAGUGUAGUCAUCAGCCGGCAUCAUACGAUGGUCCAAGCUACGAGCGGAUUCUGGAGACGCGCAAAACUCACUUGACCCCUAAUAUGUUGGCGCACUUUAAGAAACCUUUGGUCAUCCACACUGGACACAUGCAAUGGUUGUAUGAUCACGAGGGUCGUCGCUAUCUGGACAUGUUUGGAGGCAUUGUGACUGUGUCCGUGGGACAUUGUCAUCCAAAAGUAAAUCAAGCUCUAGCGGAGCAGACGGCCAAAUUAUGGCACACAACAAACAUUUACAUGCAUCCGAAGAUACACGAGUAUGCGGAGCGUUUGGUGGCCAAGUUUCCGGGUAACCUCAAGUCCGUGUGCUUUGUCAACUCCGGUUCCGAGGCAAAUGAUCUGGCCAUGCUGUUAGCUCGUCUUCACACCGGCAACCAGGACAUCUUGACCUUCCGCAAUGCCUAUCACGGCAUGUCGCCCUACACGAUGGGACUCACAGCACACUCCACUUGGCGUUAUCCUCUCCCGGGUGUCAACAGUGGCGUACUGCAUGUGAUGAACCCGGAUCCAUAUCAGGGCAUCUGGGGUGGAGCCGCUUGCCGGGAUUCUCCCGUUCAGACCACUCGCAGCUGCAAUUGCCCGCCCUCGGGUUGCCAGGCAGGAUCGGAGUACUAUAACGAGCUGGAGCAGAAUUUCAAGUACUCGCUGCCACGGGGCAAAGUGGCUGCCAUGUUCGCCGAGUCCAUUCAAGGCGUCGGUGGCACUGUUCAGUAUCCCAAGGGUUAUCUGAAGAAGGCAGCAGACUUGGUGCGCGCCAAUGGUGGCAUCUUUGUGGCCGACGAGGUUCAGACUGGCUUCGGACGCACUGGCGAACAUUUCUGGGGCUUCGAGGGGCAUGAUUACAUACCCGACAUUGUCACAAUGGCCAAGGGCAUUGGCAACGGUUUCCCGCUAGCUGCUGUGGUCACAACUCCUGAGAUUGCUGCCUGCUUGGGCCAAGCCUUGCACUUCAAUACCUAUGGUGGCAAUCCCAUGGCCAGCGCCGUCGGAAUCGCUGUGCUUGAUGUGAUUGAGGAAGAGAAACUGCAGCGCAAUUCCCUUGAUGUGGGCACCUAUUUCCUUAAUAGCCUCGCUGAGUUGCAACAGCGCUACGAGCUCAUUGGCGAUGUGCGUGGCAAAGGAUUGAUGAUUGGCGUAGAACUGGUUGCAGAUCGGGAGACGCGUGCACCGCUGGCGACGCCACAUGUCCUCGAGAUCUGGGAGACCUGCAAGGAUCUGGGUGUGCUCUUCGGACGCGGAGGUCUGCACGGCAAUGUGCUACGCAUUAAGCCUCCCAUGUGUAUUACCCGGGCCGAUGUCAAGUUUGCUGUGGAUGUGCUCGGUCGAGCUAUAGCGGAUACAUUGGCCAAACAGAAAUGAAUUAAGCCAAUUGGCCAGAACAAAUAGAUAUGCUUACCAAAGCCAGAAAUUGUCCAAUUAUUAUGCAUUUAUAGUUAUACUAAUAAAGAGAAAUUAAAGACUAUUCGAAGAAUUUAAUAAUUAGCAACUA